UGCGGCGUGCCCGAUGUUGGAACCUUCCUCACCUUCGAGGGGGACCUCAAAUGGGACCACAUGGACCUGACAUACCGGGUGAUGAAUUACUCCCCUGACCUGGACCGUGCCGUGAUCGAUGAUGCCUUCAAGCGGGCGUUCAAAGUGUGGAGCGAUGUGACCCCCCUCACCUUCACCCAGAUAUACAGUGGCGAGGCGGACAUCAUGAUCAUGUUUGGCAGCCGAGAACACGGGGACGGGUACCCCUUCGAUGGCAAGGAUGGGCUCUUGGCUCACGCCUUUCCCCCUGGCCGCGGCAUCCAGGGUGAUGCCCACUUUGAUGAUGAUGAGCUCUGGACACUGGGAACCGGCUUAGUGGUGAAGAGGAACGCCAGCGGGGCUGCCUGCCACUUCCCCUUCAUCUUCGAGGGCCGCUCCUACUCACGGUGCAUCACGGAGGGGCGCACAGACGGGCUGCCCUGGUGUGCCACAACCGCCAGCUACGACCGCGACAAGAAAUACGGCUUCUGCCCCAGCGAGCUCCUCUACACCAACGGUGGCAACAGCGACGGGGCCCCCUGUGUCUUCCCUUUUGUCUUCGAUGGCACCUCCUACAAUGCCUGCACCACGGACGGGCGCUCCGACGGCUAACGCUGGGGGGCCACCACCCCCACAAUCGGCCAAGACAAAAAUGCCUGCACCAGCCAGGGCCGGCAGGAUGGCAAGCUCUGGUGUGCCACCACCAGCAACUAUGACACCGACAAGAAGUGGGGCUUCUGCCCUGACAGAGGUUACAGCAUCUUCCUAGUGGCUGCCCAUGAGUUCGGGCACUCGCUGGGGCUGGACCACUCCAGCGUGCGUGAGGCCCUGAUGUACCCCAUGUACAGCUAUGUCCAGGACUUCCAGCUGGACCCAGAUGAUGUCCGGGGCAUCCAGUACCUCUAUGGUCAUGGCUCUGGCCCCGAGCCCACCGCUCCUGCGCCCGCGCCCACUGAGGAACCCCAGCCCCUGCCCACAGAGGCUGGCAGCACCUCCACCACUGAGGAGGAGGAGGAGGAGAUACCGACACCCACGGCUGAGCCCAUUCCUGUGGACCCCAGCCGGGAUGCUUGUGUGGAGAAGAACUUUGAUGCUAUCACAGAGAUCAACGGGGAGCUGCAUUUCUUCAAGGAUGGCAAAUACUGGACCCUCUCAUCCUUCUGGGAUUCGGGCAUCCAGGGCGCCUUCUCCACUGCAGACGCGUGGCCUGGCCUCCCGGCUGUCAUCGAUGCCGCUUUCCAGGAUGUGCUCACCAAGAGGGUCUUCUUCUUUGCUGGUCGGCAGUUCUGGGUAUUCUCUGGCAAGAGCAUGCUGGGCCCCCGGGGCAUCGAGAAGCUGGGCAUCGGGAGGGAAGCCGGGCGCAUCUCGGGGGCCCUGCAGCGGGGCCGCGGCAAAGUGCUUCUCUUCAGCGGGGAGAGCUACUGGAGGCUGGAUGUGAAGGUGCAGAGGGUGGACAAGGGCUAUCCCCGCGCCACCGACGACAUCUUCACUGGCGUCCCCCUUGAUGCACGCAAUGUCUUUCUCUACCAAGACAAGUACCACUUCUGCCGCGGCAGCUUCUACUGGAGGAUGACACCGCGCUAUCAGGUGGACCGGGUGGGCUACGUCAAGUACGACAUCCUGCAGUGCCCCCAGCACUGA